AUCAUAAAAGAAAAUGUAAAACUUAGAAUUGAUCACAAUGAAAAUGAUUCUAAUAAAUCGGAGACAAACGAAUUGCAAAUGAAAAGCAAAGAUAGAUCGGAAUUGCAAUUACGCAAAAAAACCAAAAAAAUUGUAACAUGUCAUAUUUGCGGUAAAUCAGUAACGAAAAAAAAUCUAGGAAGUCAUAUGGUAAUUCAUACAGAACGUGAAAAAGUUACAUGUGAUAUCUGUUCAAAGACAUUCAUGCAUCAAAAAACGUUAAAAAAUCAUAUUAAACAAGCACACGAGAAUAAAAUACCAGAACGUAAUCAUUUAUGUAAUAUUUGUGGAAAUGCAACGCGUACUGCGGCUGAUUUACGUAGACAUUUGAUAUUACAUUCCAACGAACGACCGUACGCAUGUGACCGUUGUGAAAAAACGUAUCGACGUCCAGAAAAUUUAAAAGAACAUAUCUUACAUGUACAUAUAAAUCAAAGAAAGUUUCAAUGUACAUUUUGUCCACAAGUUUUCCAUCAAAAAAAAACUUUAGUUCAACAUGAACGACGCCAUAUGGGUGAAAAACCACAUAAAUGUGAAGUAUGCGGUAAAGCAUUUACACAAAAGCCUGAUUUACGAAGACAUUUGUUAACACACUCAAAUGAACGUCCGUACGCUUGUGAGCGUUGUGAUAAAAAGUAUCGACGUGCAGAUCAUUUAAAAGAACAUAUCUCACACGCGCAUUUAAAUCAACGAAAGUAUCAAUGUACUUUAUGUCCACAAGCUUUUCAUGAAAAAAGAACUUUAGUGAAUCAUGUACAAAAACAUAUCGGCGGAAACUCUCAUAAAUGUGAUGUGUGUGGCAAAGUUUUUGUCCAAAAAACUGCAUUAAAAAUUCAUGCAAAAUUACAUACAAACUUAAGUGAUAGUCUUACGUAAAGCUAAGUUUAUAUAGCAGCGUUGUAAUAUAAUUUUUUAAAAACAAGAGCGCAUGGAGAUUAAAAUUGUUCGGGUAUAUUACAUAACGCCGCAGUAAGUAAGCGCUAGUCACUGCCGAUAGUACAUUACAUUACAUUGUAGGAAAGGGGUUGUUUCAAAUGCCCCCUUUCAUCCGAAACUGUCAUUACCAUAGCUAGAUGCUCCAUAAUUUACCGAAUUAAGAAAUGGCUACACAAGCUCAUUUUGAUUACUGAGACUUUGCGCAGGGCAUGCGACAGACCAAACUAUAAAUAACCACAGUUGAGAAGGGUAACUAACACCUUCAUAACAUGGGAAUAUCUGAUGAUCCCACUUGUAGUGCUUGUAUGCGUUAUGCAUGAAUCUGCCCUCGACUUAAUCAUACAGCUUAAAAUUGAAUCACUUACCCGGAGACGUGUCGCCUUCGGAUGACAGAUUGUUGUCAAGGAAGUC